UGACAAUGCCAAGCCCGACCAACCAAAGUGCGCACAAGAAACACUACUCAUCAAUUUCCUAUCAAAAGUUCGAGCGACGACAACCCCAUUCACCCACGCCUGUACAAGAUGUCUACCCCUACCAACGUGUCCGCAGACCUCAUCUGGGAGGUUGUGCGAAACAACAAUGCCUACCUCGUCAAGCGCAACAGCUCUGGCGGCAGCCAAUUCUCCCGAGAUCCUUUCAAUCUGACCAACACACACUCGAGAACACAGGCUGGAUUCGUCAAUGACAAGGCCGUCUCAGUUCAACCCACCGAGAACGGAGGCGUGACGGUGCAGACCAAGAAAUCUGGAAAGGCCAACAAGCCCGCGUCGCACUACAACACUCACACCUACGGAAAGACCACUUCCAACAGAAAACUCUACAAGAACAUCGCAGAUGCUGUUGGCAAGAAUUCUUACCGAUCUGAUUUGAACAAAUCUGCCGUCGCCCGUGCCAGUGCCAUCAAGGAUUCUCAGCGAGUGAAGAAGGAUACCCCUGCAAGCAAGCCCCGUGGAGCCAAGGCACGCAAGGCUGAGGUCUAAAUAUUCCCUAGACCUCAGUUUUAUUGUUUGCGUGCGAGGAUCAGAUAGAUUCAGGAAAAGUGCAUAGCAAGGGCAUGUCUCAUCAGGUAACGAGACAAGGCAAGACAAGAGGGUCGCUCCCAUCACUUCUGGCAACAUGAUGAUAUGUUGGUUGCAUAGGGGCAGCUGGUCGGCUGCUGGUGACGGCGAGAUGUUGUGGCAAAUGGCGACAACCAUGCCGAAAGCGAUCCGACGUGCCACAUCCGAUACCAUGCAAGAAUGAAAGUGGAUUUAUUAGCCGUGGCACGAAGCCCGAGAUUCUAGGUCCAAGAUGUAAAUGAUCAAAGUCUACUAGCCUGA